AUGAAUGAAAAUAAUGGUGAAGACACGGCAAUUAAAUUGAUACUGUCAUCUUUUUCGUGUACGUCAGUGAAUCGUUUGUGGAAAGCUUUACUUGUUGGAUUGGUUAUGCGAUUGGCAGUUUCCUUUUUGAUGAUAGAGAAUAUUAUCUGGCCUUGGAUCAUUCUUUACAUGUUAUCUGCAUGUAAAAAGGUUUUUCAGCUUUCUUCUGUAUAUGCUGCUGUUGGUUAUUUUCUCCAUCCAAGGCUACAUUUGGGAUUGAAUCUUUUAUCAUAUGCAGGCGCUGUUGUUCAAAACAUAUGGUGUUUUAUCAAGGAGUCCUUAAUGGUUGCGUUGUCUUUUAUAUUAUUUAAUGCACUGUUUUGCGCCUUUGCUCUGAUUGUUGAUAAAUGUUGCUUACUGUAG